CCUGUGUCGCGCCUCGUCUCCGCUACUGGACUAGAUUGCAGGACGACGGCAUAGAGUGGAGCAAAUGUUAUAGCGGCCCUCUGCCCUCGAUUUUCAGCAUCCAAGCGAGAGGUCGACGACAAAGGAAGCCCGAGGCAGUGUAGCGCUCACAAGUAAGCCUCUUGUGGCCUUCACACCCUAGAUCGAGGCAAGGGGCUCAUUGAUCGGGCUGUCAAGCACGCUAUGGACGUCUACUCGACGUCCUUCACCAUCCCUCGCGCUACGGGCGCCGUGGCAUAUGCCGAAGAUGAGGUAUCAUCACCCCCCACCAUGCCGGCAGCAACCGGAGGGGGCGGGACCGGCGCUGGCUUUGGCCUGAACAUUGGCAGUGGAAGCAGUGCAGCAGAAGCUGCUCAGGGGUACCUUGCAGGAAAUGACCUGUCGAGGACCGAGACAGCCCGUCCGCGCCCACAGGACACACCAAGCACCGGGCGUAUGGGCUCGAUGCGCUCAAGGCUACCACCCAGCGUCAAGGCAUUCAUGCCCGCUGCCUUCGGAGGAAGCAAGAGAACAAGUGAGCGCAUCGCAGAGGCCGUUGGUCCGAACGCAGAGAGAGAGUGUGAUACCGAGGGCGAAGAGGAGGCAGGAGGCGCUUCGUCGACAGCAGCGUCCAAAAACGCUCCUCAGGACAAGGCUGAGGACGCAGUGCUGGAAAAGGAGGCUCGGUCAGACGCCGGAACCAAUGCCAUUGGCGCUGAGGUGGCCGCUGCCUCUGCCAAGAAUCGGGACAGCAGAUCUACUGUUGGUACGAAUUCAUCGAUCGAUUUCUCCUCGGCUGCGUCCGUCUCUGCCGACAGUACCUCUCCUUCGACGGUGCCGCCUCUGGGGAGCGGCAGUUCAAAAGCCGCCGGAGGUAGCAUUCAAACACCCUCGGAGCCUCGGAGCACGACGCACAGCGCUUCUGGCUCAUUUUCCACCUUUUUCGGCCAGCAGCAGCAGCAUCAACAGUCUCAGCCUCACCAGGCGCGCAAACCCAGCGUCGACCUCAAUGACAGCAUGCACAAGCUCACCACUGAGGCGAUGAACAAUCAUCAGUGCAUCGUCUCUUUCACCGCUGUUCCCCGUCAGGAGCACUCGACCUUUCAUCCAAAUGGCAGCUCUACCUCGCUCAGUAGCGACCCUUUUCCAAGACAGCCAAAUUUCAACGCCGCAUCAGCCACGGGCGUACUUCCCUUUCCGUCACAGUACCCGUACAAUCACUACGCCCAAGGCUUCGGCCAUGACAACGGUUCAAAUGCGUUCGGCGUAGCACCUCACCUAUUCCCACUGGGAGGUGGCAGCACCACUUCGCUCAACAGCCUGAACCACGUCUCAGCCUCUUUGGCACCGCAGACGUCGGCACCGCGACCGCCUGCGUCAAGCAAAAAGGCAGCCGUGCCCCAGUACAACUUUCACCUUUCGGGCGGUUACCAACAAGUCAUGGCUGCUCGUGGGGCGAUUCUGCGGGAUCACCCAUUCAAGGCACGGUCGAAGCUCAAGGUGCCGCGAAAUGAUAUUCUCGAGGUCCUUCCUGGUUCUCCAUCUAGCGGACCUUCCGAGCAUCUCAACUCAGACGUGCGACGCAAGCUCGACGAGAUUGCCGUAGCCUCUCGCACAGCUAUUUCUGUGCAGGGCCUCGAAAAGCGGGGUGCGGAUCUGGGCUAUGGCUUGGAGACGGAGCGAAAUGUUCAAGUGACCAUUGCUGGCCCCUUCGAAGGUGCAGAACAGGCCAGGAUACGCGUCAUGGUCAUGCUCGACGAGCUGAGCGGGCUACAGGUGGAAGCGUCAGAGAUCGACUACAAGCUUCACAACAUUAUCGGCGGGCGCAAGCGUUGUGUGAUUCAAAGAAUCCAGGAAGAGACGGCCACCAACAUCUACCUCCCUACACCCUUCUCGGGCGUGCUGUCGUCCUCGCCUAGCCCGUCAAUCGCGUCGAGGCAGAACACUGUCUACAUUGCGGGCGAAUACUUUGGUGUCCAGAGGGCUCGCGACAUGCUCUUUCAGGUCUCACUCCACAAGAGCAAGUCGAUCAUCUCGCGCGAUGUUGCCAUCCUGCCCCGCAAGAUCGAUUGGAUGCUCGGCGAGCGUCUCGAGGAGCUGAGGACUAUCAUGGUGGACAACGCCACAUUCAUCAAGCUUCCCCUACUCGGGUCUCAGACAAGCGUCGUCUCCGUCUACGGCGACAACCGGGUCAACAUUGAGCGCUCGAUUCGUUCGAUGAUGCAACUUGCGUGCCAAUUCUACAUUGCCUCUCUCUGGCUUCUCCCUUUCUCGUUCGACGCCUUCCAGACACCUACUUCGCUCAGCGCGCCUCAGAUCACGCCUAUCCUCAAGCACGUCAGCAACACUUCAGGAGCUGAGGUCGUGUUCAAGAGCAAUUGCUUCGAGAUCCAUGGUCUCGAGGGCGAGGUUCGACAUGCCGUCACGCUUAUCCUUGACCUCGAUGUGGUCAAGCCCUUCAAUUUUGAGGUCCGCUUCCAAAUUGAGCUGGCCAAUGAGCACCGCGAGUUUAUCAGCGGCAAGAAGAACGGCAAGAUCAACAAAAUCAUGAAGCAGGGCGUCCGUAUCAAGUUUGAAACAUUCAACGAUUACAAUUUCCUGAUCGAUGUCUCGAGCAACGACAGAGCAGGCGCACUCCAGGGUCUGAGCCUUCUUCAGGAGGAAUUGCCCGCCGAGGUCUCUUUCCACGUCCCAGAGAGCUAUCACAAGCGGAUCAUCGGCGUUGGGGGCAAGAACAUCCAGCGCACGAUGAAGAAAUACGGCAUCUACGUCAAGUUCUACUCGAAGCAGGACCUCGACUUGGAGACGUACCCCUUUUUAGAUGCUGAGGACAACGUCAUCGCCAGGACGCCGGCGAAAAAUGCGAUGAAUCUUGACAAUCUCAAGCAGGCCGUGAUGGAGCUCGUCAGCCCCAAAGACAAAGACUAUGUCACCGAGACGGUGCCUAUUGCGCGACGAUAUCACCGGACUCUUCUUGGCGAGAAGGGCAUCUUCAUCCAUGACAUCGAGGAGAAAUUGGGUUGCACCAUUCGUUUCCCACCUCCAGAGCUGGCAAACGAUCUCGUCUCCAUCUUCGGGUCUGAAUCGCAAAUCCACAUUGCGGCUCAGAUGCUUCUGGACCACGUUCCUUUCGAGGCGGAGCUCAGAACGCCAAAUUCGUCAGAGUUGGCGAGAGUUAUUGCCUCGCACGAUUUCGUCGCUCUGACGGAGCGGGUCAAGCGAGAUCUGAACAUUAACAUCGUUCCUGUCGCCAACAAGACUCAGACGGGCGAGGCUGUCUUCAAAUUGCGGCUCAACAGGAGCAACGCAGACUUUCUGCCGGCCUCCAAGGAUGCUCUCGAGGACUUCCUUCUGAGCAGAAACGUGGAGGUUUACGACUCGCCGGCACGAGCUCGCUCCGACUCGUUUGCCUCGAGCUUUCCCCACUUUGCUACGAAGCUCAUUUCAACGGCAGCCGAAUCCACAGACUCGUUUCAAACCGAUGCUGCACGCUAUCAGCAGGCUCAAGAGAGGUCGCGACUCCGAGCAGCCACAUCCACGCCCGACAUUAAGGCCCUCUUCGAUUCUCCGUCACAGGGCGGCGCUGCCAACAACUACACCGUCAUGCCGCCUAUGGCGCCUGGAAGUGCUUCGACUACGAAUUCCCCUCUCAUCCCAUCGUCGCUCUAUCCUUCGCCGUACCAAGACACCAUGUCAAGUGCCUCGAGCCUUGGAGGGGGUGAUGUGUGGGGCAUGCCCCGAUACGUGCCACCUCCUCAGCCAUCGCACCACCCCCAUCAUCAUUCCUCUGCUUCUGGAAUCGCCUUUCCGCAGCACAAUACUCACCUCUCGGAUGAUCUCAAGCUCUUCUACAACCGGAAUGGCAACGAUGCCCUAGAGGCAGACGAGCGCAUCAAGGCGCUUCGCAAGCCGAGGUCGUUUGCUCACCGGGCACAGAGCCUUGACAUCGGCGCACUGGCAGCUCAGCAGGCGGCUCAGCAAGCCGUCGCUCUCGGUCGGUCUGGAGGCGGCACUCCACUGCCUAACGGCAUGCACGGAGCUGGAGGAUCUCCCGUGCCGCCAUCCAUGCCGACGAUGCAACGCCCAUAUGGCGCCAUCGGAUCGAGCCCUAUGCCCUCCUCGCAAGUCUUUGCUGGCUCCUCCCUUGGCCCCAAUGCCGGCAACGCGACACACUUUGGACCAAGCCCGGUCGCUGGUGGUCACAUGACGGCCCCUAGCAUCUCCAGGAUGGCCCCCACGCCAAGCCAUGGACCCGAGCCGUCAACAACUGACGAGGUUCUGCGCUCAUUGGCUCAGCUCCAAUUCCCUCCGUCCUCUUCCUAGGAUCGUGCCCUCGUCUCUUUCCUCUCUCAUUUCACUCUUCCUCUCUCUCUCACUGCAAGAUUCCAACCAACAAUAUUCCCCCGGCCGCUCAA